UUUGCGCAAAGAGUACAAACAAGCCAGCGUCAGAUUCGCACUGACUCCACUGAGGAUAACCUGGCGUGUUCAUUGUCGCACUCAUCCACUCGUAGGAGCUAAUCAGAGCAAUACGAUACCAAAACCAAGAAAAGAUGACCCUGAGAUUCCCUCAAUUUCCACUUCUUUUGCUCUGUUUUUGCUGCUCUGUAAUCAUAGCUCACAGAGAUGAAGACCCCGUUACCAAAACCAUGGAGGAUUUUUCUGGGUACCCAAUUGACGAGCCUCACUCUUUCUUCCAAAAAUCCUUGUCUUUACUGUCCGUUGAUACGGAAAGUUUACAGAAAGAGAUUGAUGAACUUGCUGCUUUCUCGGAUACACCUGCCCCAUCAGUGACUAGGAUCCUGUACACUGAGAAGGAUGUCUUGGCACGCAGGUAUAUCAAAAACUUGAUGGGCCUCUCUGGUCUCUCUGUCAGGGAGGAUGCGGUUGGUAACAUAUUUGGCCGAUGGGAUGGCCAUGAACCAGAGCUUCCUGCAGUGGCAACAGGUUCUCACAUUGAUGCAAUUCCAUACUCUGGAAAGUACGACGGAGUCGUUGGUGUUUUAGGUGCGAUAGAAGCCAUCAAUGUACUACAGAGAUCUGGUUUUAGACCUAGAAGGUCACUGGAAGUUAUCUUGUUCACCUCAGAAGAGCCUACACGCUUUGGGAUCAGCUGCUUGGGAAGCCGCUUAUUGGCAGGAAGUGAGGUACUUGUGGAAGCUCUGAAGACAACAGUUGAUGCUCAAAAUAGAUCCUUUCUAGAUGCUGCCAGAUCUGCUGAAUAUGCAAAGGAUCAAGAUGACUUAUCCAGUGUGUUUUUAAAGAAAGGAACUUACUCUGCUUUUGUGGAAUUGCAUAUAGAGCAGGGGCCCCUUCUGGAGGAAGAAGGUAUAUCUAUUGGGAUAGUAACUGCCAUUGCAGCCCCUGCAAGUAUAAAAUUGGAAUUUGAAGGCAAUGGAGGGCAUGCAGGCGCUGUCCUAAUGCCACACAGAAAUGAUGCUGGACUGGCAGCUGCAGAGCUGGCACUGGCUGUUGAGAAACAUGUAUUAGAAUCUGGAUCUAUCGAUACUGUUGGUACAGUUGGUAUACUGGAGCUGCAUCCUGGAGCAAUUAACAGCAUCCCAAGUAAAUCACACCUGGAAAUCGACACAAGAGACAUUGAUGAACAGCGAAGAAACAUUGUAAUUGAGAAGAUCCAGCACUCUGCAAGUAAAAUAGCAAUAGACCGUGGGGUCAGACUAUCCGAAUUCAAAAUCAUAAAUCAGGACCCACCUGCCCUUGCUGAAAAAACAAUAAUCGGGGCAAUGGAAGCUGCAUCAAAAGAGCUAAACCUAAAACACAAGCUGAUGAUUAGCAGAGCUUACCAUGAUUCACUGUUUAUGGCCAGAGUAUCACCAAUGGGCAUGAUAUUCAUUCCAUGUUACAAAGGUUACAGCCACAAGCCUGAAGAAUAUGCCUCCAGUCAGGAUAUAGCAAAUGGGGUCAAGGUAUUAGCUCUGACCCUUGCAAAGUUGUCCCUGCACUGAUGCAUCAUCCUUUCUUGUUAAUUCGAGUUUCAUUACAAGGGUCUACUUUGUUCUUCAUAGAACGUGUUGUAAAGACUUCUAAUAAAUCAUUUCGAAUGUUUAUUCCAUGCCAGAGUAGCAUUUUUGAAUGAUAGAAGAUUUAAUUUU